UUGGUUUUGUGAGAAUCGAUGUGCCGGUGCUAGCCGUAUUGUGCUAGCUAUGUUUGACCUGGGUGUUUAUCCUAACAAUGCAGAUGGGCGGACUUUCAAGAGUGAGCACUCCCUGUACGAACAGCGUUUUCAGAGGGCCUCUUCGUGUUUCCCCUCCCUCGUUAUUGUCGAGGAAGGAAAGCUGCGGAUGAUUGUAAACCUUACACGGACAGCUACAACAAAUUCCAUUUUUACCAAAAGUGCAGAAACUCCUAUUGCUGUGGCGACUGCUACAACAGAUAUUGCUGUAGCAGCUAUUUUAACCGCUUCGACGAAGAUGAUCAGGAUGACUGUAACUUUCCUCAUCAAGACUUACAUAUCCCGAUUAUGGUCAUUGGCAUUGUGGGCUCCAUCGUAUUCAUACUCAUUUUCGUCUGCUGCUGCGUGUGCCCGUGCUGCUGCCUGUACAAAAUCUGCCGCAAGCCACAGCCUGUAAUCGCUACCACCCACCACACCAUCGUUACGAGUGUUCCUGGACAGUACCCGCAGCAACCCACCGUGCCUGCGCAGUCCUAUCAGGGGGCCCAGCCUUACCCGCCCUACCAGCCUGUUCCGGUGCAGCCGGGCUAUGGAACUCACUCUAUGCCUGCAGCGGUUCAUCAGGGACCGCAGUUCACCCCGGGACCGCUGCCAACCUACCAGGAAGCCAUUGCCAACCCUGCGUACCCCCCCCAGCCAAUGCCUUACAGCCAGGCUGCAUUCCAACCUGGACAGCCCCCCUACCCCCUCCAGCCUCCAGUCUGUUCAAAUCCAACUGCUCCGCCUGCUCACAGCGAUUACAUGGCUCAGCCUGCAUACAACCCAGCGUUUGCCGCUCCGCCUCCCAAAACUGGAUAGAAGACUUUUCCGAUGCAAAGAAUUUUGACGCCCAAGAACUCCCCCCGUCUCUCGAUUUGUCCACUUUGAUGAAGAAAUAUUGAGAGUUAGUCCAUUUAUUUUGAGUGGAAAGUAUCUAUACUGUGGAUUUUGCAUUGUGCAUACAGUCCUUUUACUGUUUUGUUUUUUCUAUCUUUGUCCUCUUGGCAAAACAUUUUUAAUUUGAAUUCAUCGCUGAUCCUCAGUUUGUGCCGUCUGAACCGCAAGGUUUCUUUUUGUGGUUCUUGCAGCAUCGUAAUGCUGUUUGAAAUCACUGAGAACAGUCCAUAGAUUUUUUUUCUGUUUCCAAUGUUUCCAUAUAUGUAUUAGUUUAAAUUUUUGCACAAGGUGUGAACCACUUUGUAGAUCUUUUUAGGAAGGUCGUCUAAAAGUGAGCGAUGUUUUUCAGGUUGUCUGCUUACUGCUUAGUAUUACAUUAGAAUGGAUGUUUACUUUCGACACUCCGGGAAAAGGGAAUGUUUCUAAUGAAAAUUCAGAUGAAGCUUUAAACACAUUUGAAAUACUUUUUUAUGUUAUGUUUCAAUUUUUUUGUUUUAUUUUGUUGCUGUUCGUUUUUGGGUAUUGUUUCUUCAACCCCCAAAGAAUUCAAGUGCUAAACAGGUGAAUCAGUCAAACGUGCCUUUCUAGAUCUUUCAAUGAAAAUGCACAUCUGUGUGUCCUUAUAGAGCACUUUAAACUCUUGUGUUAUUUUAUUUUUUCAUUCAUUCACCAGCCUUUAAAGUUUGUGCCUGAUUUGGGACAUUUUUGACUGUUCUUUAGGCUUGUUACAAAACCAACUUCAAUAUCAAUGUUUUACUUUUUUAUGCGAAAACAAAGUAUAAAAUGUGCUUUUAUAACCCAAUGGGAAAAAAAUAGAAGUGUCCUUUUUUCUUGAGAAGCAGCCUGUUAAGUGUGAUUUCUUUAAUUUUUGCUCAUUGCUGGCAGUGCUGUGAUUUUUGUCUUUAAAUCAGUGUUGUACCAUGAGGUUAACUAAAAAAACAAAUUUUUAUUUUUUAAAGAUAAAAUGUGCGUACCCAUCUUAAAUGUCACUGGAAUAGUAACCAUUUCCAGGGUUUACUGUUGUUCCUAAAUGUAUGUUAUUCAAAUAUCAGUUAUUUUGCUUAUUUCCCUAAAAUAAAUGUUUUUUCUCUUCAA